AGAGCCGUGUAGUCAGUGCACGCUUGACCACCUUUCCAGAGGUAUCCUCUGCGCCCUUCACUGCUUAACAGGAUUUACUCAACCUCCGACUACACUUCACCAUGCCCAACUGUCCCAAGUGCAAUAAACCCGUCUAUUUCGCUGAGCGAAAAACUUCUCUGGGUAAGGAUUGGCAUGGCGCGUGUCUACGAUGUGAGAAAUGUAACAAAACCUUGACACCGGGCGGACACUCGGAGCACGAGGGGAAACCUUACUGCAAUCAACCGUGCUACGCAGCCUUGUUUGGACCUGGAGGAUUCGGAAGGGGAGGAGCUGAAAGUUAUGUAUAUAAUAAGUGAAAUAUAGUAAUUAAGAUCGACACGAAUGAAUUGGACGAUCGGGACUCGAAUUUUUAUUGUAGAAUUGAAUAUUUUUAUAAAUAAAUUCUGGCUUCUUUUUC